CAUGAUUGUGGAAGCAACAACCAGCCACAGAUUCUGGACCGGAAUUUGAAUUUCGAAUUUUGGUGUUAACUUCUUGGUCGGUCCACGCAAACCAUUGAUCUUUCUCUUCUCACUCAUCCAACUAGUUAGGGAUGUCCCACCGCAAGUACGAAGCUCCCCGUCACGGUCAUUUGGGUUUCUCCCCUCGUAAGCGUACCCGCUCGCACCGCGGUCGUGUAAAGGCCUACCCUAAGGAUGACGCCAAGAAGCCCGUCCACUUGACGGCCUUCAUGGGCUACAAGGCUGGCAUGACCCACAUUGUUCGCGACUUGGACCGCCCUGGUUCCAAGAUGAACAAGAAGGAAAUUGUCGAAGCCGUCACCGUCAUCGAAGCUCCCCCUAUGGUCAUCGUUGGUGUUGUUGGUUACGUCGAGACUCCCCGUGGUCUCCGUUCGUUGACCACUGUCUGGGCUGAGCACUUGUCUGAUGAGGCCAAGCGUCGCUUCUACAAGAACUGGUACCGCUCCAAGAAGAAGGCUUACACCAAGUAUGCCAAGAAGUACGCUGAUGGUGCCAAGGACAUUACCCGUGAGCUCGAGCGCAUCAAGAAGUACUGCUCGGUUGUUCGUGUCAUUGCUCACACUCAAAUCUCCAAGGCCCGCAUCGGUCAGAAGAAGGCUCACCUCAUGGAAAUUCAGCUCAACGGUGGCUCGAUUGCCCAGAAGGUCGACUAUGCCCGCGAGCACUUCGAAAAGGAAUUCACCGUUGGUUCCAUCUUUGAACAGGAUGAGAUGAUUGACAUCAUCGGUACCACCAAGGGUCACGGUUUCGAAGGCGUCACCCACCGUUGGGGUACCAAGAAGCUUCCUCGCAAGACUCAUCGUGGUCUCCGCAAGGUUGCCUGUAUUGGUGCCUGGCAUCCUGCCCGUGUCAUGUACUCCGUUCCCCGUGCUGGUCAGCGCGGUUACCAUCGCCGUACUGAGAUGAACAAGAAGAUCUACCGUAUCGCAAACGGUGCCGAUGCCAAGUCCGGUGCCACCGAGUACGAUCUUACCGAGAAGCAGAUCACCCCCAUGGGUGGCUUCCCUCACUAUGGUGUUGUCAACGAAGACUUCGUCAUGGUCAAGGGCUGCACUGCUGGUGCCAAGAAGCGUGUCUUGACUCUUCGCAAGUCCCUCACCGUCCACACCAAGCGCUCUGCUUUGGAGAAGGUCACCCUCAAGUUCAUCGAUACUUCGUCCAAGUUCGGUCACGGUCGCUUCCAGACCCCCGCCGAGAAGACCAAGUUCAUGGGUACCUUCAAGAAGGACAAGAACUAAAUUCAUCCCUAGUUUUUUGCUCUGCCACAAUAAAGUCUUGGAAUCAAUAUGGUUGUUCUAAUCCUAACAUGUUAUGCU